GUCGAGCAUAGCAACGAGACCGAACAGGUCGAGGAUUUGAAGCACGAGGCACCACAGAUGCGAUUGAAGUCUGACGACCUGGGUAUCUGGGAAAGCGUCGGACGACACAAGUAUAUCACGUUCGUAGGCAUGGCUGCAGCGUUCAGCGCAUCGUUGGAUGGGUAUCAGAUCAGUUUGAACGGCGGUAUUGUGUCAAACAAAGGCUUCAUUCGACAAUUCGCGAGUCCUGGUACGAAGAUCAUCCUGGGGAAAUACGUCUCGGCUUGGGGAGGAAUACAAUCCGCUGGUCAAACCAUCGGACAGAUCUUUCUUCAAUAUGCGACCAAUUCACUCGGUCGGAAACCAGCCCUUCUCAUCCUCUGGUGUUUCCUCGCAGCGAGUAUCUUUGCAGAGUCAUUUGCAACGAAAUGGGAUCACUGGCUUGUUGCUAAGCUCUUCUCGGGCGCUGGUGUGGGAAUGUUACAAGCAACUAUGCCCGUCUAUCUCUCGGAGAUGGCGCCGACUCAAUUGAGAGGAUACCUCAUCAAUGCAUACAGCUUCUGGUUUGUCAUUGGUCAACUUCUUGGCUCUGUCGCCCUCAACAGACUCAAUGCAAGUGAUCCAUACGACUUCCGUGCUGCGAUCUACACUCAGUGGGGUAUGGUUGGCGUCAUGCUGGUAAUUUUUCUCCUCCUCCCAGAAAGUCCUUGGUGGCUCGCCGGAAAGGGGAAACUCGACAAAGCCAAGAAGAUCCUCCUCAGGUUCAAUGGCCACAUUGAAGGCUACAACGUCCAGGAAAAUAUUGAUGUCAUGACUGCCACAAUCGAUAUGGAGCGUUACACUGCCGAGCUUAACAAGGAAGAAGGACAAUGGGCGAUUUUCGAGGGCCGCAACCUCAUUCGCUUCAUCAUCGCUUCGUGGCCCAAAGUGACUCAGCAAUUUGUUGGUCUGAGUGUCUUCAACACUUACGCGACAUAUUUCUUCCAGGCUGCCGGGAACAAGAACCCAUUCCUCGUCACCGUCAUCCUUUGUUGUGUCCAGAUUCUCUCCAUGAUCGUCACCUCGACACUCACUGAUCGCUUCGGUCGUCGACCACUUACCGUUUACCCCUACGGCGUCACUGUUCUCUCCCUCCUUGCCCUCGGUAUAGUCGGAUGUUUUGACUACACGAAGAGAGAUACAAGCUCUCUACUAGUGUUCUUCGCUUGUCUGGCAACAUUCUCAACAACUGGUGCAUCGGCAAUAGGCUAUGCAUACGCUGCUGAAAUUCCUACCCAGCGGCUGCGAGCUCAAACAGCUGGUUGGGCCCUCGCAUUUUCGAACCUCAUUGCUAUUAUGUUCAGCUUCUGCACACCUUUGAUGAUUAAUGGGACUGCGAAGUGGGGCGUCAAAACAGGGUUCUUCUUCGCUGGGACUGGCGCAGUUUCGGUUGUUAUUGCGUGGUUCUUGCUCCCUGAGGUAGCACGUCGUACACCGGCUGAGAUUGAUGAGAUGUUCGAGAAGAGAGUCAACCUUCGCAAGUUCAAGAGCUAUAUUACAGACGUGCAG